AUGUCAUCAAUCAGCGAAAGUUCAGUUCCAUCCAAUGUUAAUCCAACGAAUGCGCUUGUCUUACCGAAUAUUUUAUAUCCUGUUAUCAAUCAGUUGGAUAAAUCGGGUUACAAAGACAUCCAAUCGGAUCUUCGUACAACGUUAUUUAAAUUAGAAGAGAUUUAUCCGGGCUUUUCGAACACGUUUCUUCAAUCGUUUAUCAAUAAAGAAACGCCGUUAUUAUCUGCAACAAUGAAUAUGAAUGAAUUAACACUUAAACUCGAGAAAUAUUGUGAUAAAUCACCGUAUUACAUCUCGUUGUCACGUAGUGAACAAGAAUUCCAAGAAUUGAAUGCGCGUUCUCGAAGUUUAAAGCGCAUCUUAAGUCGAAUUCCAGAUGACAUCAACGAAAAACGUGAUUUUCUCGAGACAAUCAAAGAAAUAGCAAGUGCGAUCAAGACAACACUCGACAGUGUCUCCAAUACUUAUCAAUACUUUAAAACACUCGACGGUCGACAAGCAUUAGAAAACGAAAAGAAAGAAUUCAUCAAAUAUAGUAAACAUUUUAGUAACACACUCAAAGCCUAUUUUCGUGACAGUAAUCGUGAUGAUGUUUUUAUUGCGGCUAAUCAUUUGCUCAUCCAAACUGAUUAUCUCUUACGUACAAUAAAACUCUACUGUGAAACGAAUACGCUCGACGAAUGCUUGUAUCCAUUACUUUCUCAACAUCAAAACCAUAUUAAGACAGUUUCAUCACGUUACUCGUCAAGCUCGCAACAACAUAACUCAAGACAAUCAUCAGCUGCAUCGAAUAAUCGGCCAAAUUCAUCCUACGACACGAAUUACUCGUAA